AUGCAUGUAAUAUAUGAUCGCCUGAGGAAGGCCAUAAAUUUGGAGACAGGGGUAAUAAAAUAUUGCACAUGUACUUGUAUGACUACUUUCUUUGCUUGCUCUUAUCGGUUAUAAAGCUUUGUUUUCUUUCCAGUAGUUUUCAUACCCAAAAAAUUCUUCUGGGAAGGAGGGGAAGCAACAUCUCUAGAACCGCACACUCAUUUUUUGGUGUAUUAAUUUUGGCAUUUGAAAGGACCAGGUUUACAACUGUAACAACAUCAAAAACAGCAAGUUCAGUACUGUACUUACAAUUUAAGAAUAUGAACGAAAACUUCUCCUGUGCUAACAUUGUAUCAAACUCUUGGUCAUGGAACAAGGAAGCCAAAAUACAUGCCCCUUGGCCAUAAGCAGAAAUGGACUUGACCAGAAUUACUCUAUUUGUUGUAGAAAUUUUUAUGUGUGCUCAGUCUUCCAUGGUGUCAGAACUUAAAAGAAAUUCAUUUUUAAACCUCCCUGAGUUCCCUUGUGUAUUUACAUGGAUGAAUUAAGAAAGAAAAGGUAUUUGCCAUUUACCAGACCAUGAAAAUAUAAACUCCAACUCAAAGUAAAAUAAUUUUAACUGUUUUUAAAUUUACCUUUAUCAUUGGCCAGAAAAUUUAAUGGCUCUGCUAAGGUCAUAAAAGUGGGUCUGGCAAAUGAGGAUGUUACCUGUAGAAUCUUAACCGUGAAAGGGCCAUACACAACUGCCUGCCGCGCCUACACAAGCUUUUCCUCGCACUGCCGUCCAAAUGUCUAUCUGGUCCAAAAGUCCAUGCAAGAUCUGGUAGCUGCUGGUCUUGGCAUAUUUAAAGUCAUUAACAAACUAAAAAUGUUUUUAUAA